AUGAAGGCGUGCCGCGGAGAAGCCGUCAUUUGGACAGACUCGCCAGCUAUGAACGCCGCUUUCCUCAUCUUUCUCAUGAUUUACCGUGUCAAUUCUCAGGUUAGUUUCAGUCAGAUUACUGUUGUCUCGUCAGGUGAUAUUAAGCUUCUGAUUCUGAACAUUGAACUUUUUCACAGAAUUUCUCAGAUGAAUGUUUGAAAUGUUUACCCUCUCAACCGCUCCUCAUUUUCAGUACGAGCCCCAAUCGAACAUCGACCGUCUCGCCCAGCGGCCCGUGCUUCCACAGUGCCCUCGUGAGUGCUCUUUUCAGUUGACACGUGGCGUCUCAUCGUCGCAGUGCGCGGCUUCUUCCUCUUCCUCUUUCCUCCCGUGCUCUUUUCAUCGAAUUUCCAUUUCGCGUGUUGCAGGAGAAUGGGAAUGGGCGUGUCGGAACGGAGAAUGCAUCGCCCAUUACGACGUUUGCGACGGAAUCACUCAAUGCACAGACGGAUCCGACGAAUGGAACUGCGAUUCGGCCAGGUGAGCACAAGACGGAAUCUCUGGAAUUACACCCCUAACGCUCCCCCUCUUCAAUUUAACGAGCUGAUCAUUCCCGUUUCCUUAUCAGUUUUCCUCCCUUUCGCUUUCCCCUUCGCCUGACUGCUCAUCGAUUAGAAUGGCAUCAUCCUCCGACGAUUCCUCCAUUCUUUCCCAAAUCCUCAGACAGGAAAUCACUGAUUUUCCGGAUCUAUUUGACCUUGGGUGCCACUAGACAAUCAAAUGAUACCAGCAAAACGAGUGAAUUUACAGAGGAGCGGCUCCGUUGGCUCGGGAAGGAAUCGCUCCGCCGCGAGAGAAAGAAGCUUCUGCCACGGUCGCAGCGGUCCAGACGACAACAGCGGCGGCUGCGAACCGUUCAGGUGAGAGGGGCCGACGUUCGGAGAGGGAGACGAACUGAUUUCAGGAACGGUCACCAUCCAGUACAGUCACAUUCUCAUCGCUCUCCUCGCCUUCGUUGCCCUUUCCGUCGCCGUCGUCGCCGUCAUUCGGAGGAGUGCUCGUCAGAAAACAGGCUUCCGAAACAGGAGAGGACACAAUAUUCUGCAGCAAGAUUCGGACGAAGACGACAUUCUCAUCAGUUCGAUGUACUCUUGA